AUGCUGGAUAAGGAGAAUGAUAAGUAUUCUAUCAACCAAUACUUUUGGGAAGAAAGGUCAUUCUCAGAUUCUGUCGAUGGUUGCCCCAAUCGCUACUACUACUUUCCCCUGGCCGGUGAGCUCCGCCUCCGAAAGCCCCCUGAUGUUCGGGGCGGUAUGAUAACUGAGGAGAUGGGUCUCGGCAAGACUGUCGAAGCCUUGGCCUUGAUUGCCGCCCAGAAAAAGGAACAUGAGCGGGUAGAGCUUGAUAUCUUCUGUGAAAAGAAACCAACCGGUGUUUCGAUCACCCAGGGCCGCGUUCGUGCUAUGAAAAUGAACCAGCGAAACGAGGACAAAGCCCAGAUGGUGUUCUGCCCUCUCAAUUUUGGAGAUGAAGUCCUCGAUUAUGAUCCUGACGUGCCGUAUCCGAAAACUCUACGUGUUCGCAGAUGGCCCGCGAAAACGACUCUUGUCUUGUGUCCUACAUCUCUUCUGGAACAAUGGCGAACAGAAGCUGAGGAGAGAGCACCAUCUCUUUCUCUUGCAGAAUGGGGUACGGGCGCUUCUUCGAAUACUCUUAGGACUACUCCUGAUAUUGCCGUUGGCGAAUUCGCCAAAGACAUUGUCCUAGCAUCCUAUGACGCUCUCAAGAGGGACUCGACUCUGUUCAAGAUAACCUGGAAGCGCUUGAUUCUAGACGAAGCGCAAGUGACACGGCGUUCCUCGGCACAAUUGGCUCGCGAUACUUUUAAUCUUCGGUCGGAGUCGCGAUUCUUGAUGACAGGGACGCCGAUUGUCAAAGGUUUAGAAGAUCUGCGAGGGGAACUUGCGUUCUUGCGGGUUUGGCCGUUUACACUGUUCGAUGAUGGCUUCUGGGAACGUUUGAUAUACUGUCCCUUUGCAGCUCAAGAAAGUACGGCAUUUAUUGACCAUCUUCUAAACGUCACGAUGAUGCGACACUCUAAGGCUCAACAGCUAUCGCUUGAGCUACCCCCGCGAUCCUAUGAAAUCAUUGAGGUCAAACUUGAGGGAUCCUACCGUGCAGUAUACUGCUACAUACUAGGAUGUUGCCUUGAGGAACUUGAUGAUGAAAACGGGCCGACAGAUACAUGCCUGCUGGCGCUUCGAACACUAUUGCGAAUAUUGCUGUCAGCUUGCAUUUCCCCAGAACUUCUCAGUCUAACUGCCCUGGACCUCGCCCGAAGAAGCACAUGGUCACGAAGACGCGGGCUGUCUGGUUCGUCAGUGCAGAGUGGUGGCGAAGUGGACCUUGCCAAGACAACAGCAGAGGAGGCCAUUCAGUUUUUGGCAGAAACAGGAACCCGUAUUGUCCGUGACUCGAAACGCUCUCGCGCUCUACCAACAGGCCAAGGACUUCCGUAUGAGCAAUAUCUACGAAUGAAUGUGGAUGACUUGGUGACAUUGGUGGAAGCUAGAGGCCUCCUGUCCGAAGUUGGUGGAAAUUUUAACCAAAAGCGUCUCGCACAACUCGCUGCUGGAGGUAGACAUCGAAUUAUCACCGACACUCUAUCGCAGCUUCGUCAAACAGCAAUAGCUGCUGGUUUGACAACAGGAGUUCAGUCGCGCGCGCUUCCCCGAGACAGCUUGAUAUCGAUUUUGACCACACACUACGAUUCAGUGGAGCGACGAAAAGCUCAUGGCAAUAUUCACGAAGCCGGGUUCGCUGCCCUAACUAAAUUGAUCGAAAAGAAAGAGCGGCCGGGUUGUCCAGUGUGCAUGGAUUCAUCUGUUGAGCGACUCUCGUUAACUAAGUGCGGGCAUUUCUUCUGUGUUACAUGUAUUUCACUCAUGUUUCGCACUCUCGGGGAGAGCAGAGUGCAAUGCCCCAUCUGUCGCCGCAAAAUUCUGCCGAAAGAUGCAAUUGAAGUAGUAUCCUCGGACAAGGAUGAACUUUCUGAAACCGUAGCAGGUUCUGAUGAUGGUAGUGGGCUUGACCAAGAUUUGGAAUCGCCUUUUUCAGUCACAAAGGUCAUGACAACUAUCUCGGAAGCAGAUAUCGAACGAUAUCGAGAUGCACCCCGCCCCACUGCUGCGGAAGUGUGGGAGGAAUAUGGCCAAAUAGCCUCACCUCAUAAUCGCUACUUAGGUGUCGGUCGCGAUUCAGAUUUGCCCUCUCUUGAUGCUGAGUUUUUGCGGCACAUGAAAGCUGCCACUGCUCAUGAGGCGGUUUCUCCGAAACUCGAUGCCCUUCACGAAUUGAUUCGGACCUCUGAGCCCGGGUCAAAAUUCUGUGUAGUGGCUGAGACUACUGAUAGCUUGAGAGGCAUUGGGGCUUGGUUAGAGAAACAAGGAAUUCCUGUUGUCGGUGUUGGCUCUCGCAACUGGCAUAUGAGCCAAGCUCACUCCCUUGGCAGAGCCUCCCAAGAAUUUGCAAAGGACCCAAACAUCAGAGUGUUCAUGCUUAAUACGGCAAACGCUGCUGGGCUAACAUUGACUGCGGCAAAUUGCGUAGUCUUUAUGGGACCCAUGGUGCGGAUAACGGAUGAGAUGCAAGCAGCUGCACGUGUUCACCGAAUUGGCCAACAGCGGCCAGUCAGAGUCGUGCGUAUCGUUGCUCGCAACACAAUCGAAGAGCAAAUCAUGUUCAGACGGGGAACAAUCCACGGGACUGGGAAAGAAGCAAAUGCCUUGAUCACUCCGGCGAGUGAGCUUGCAGUUAGCGAUAUAGUGAGACUCUUCCGGGAUGUCUCUACAGCGGACGAAGGACGUAAUCUCCGCAGGAGUGCCAGGGCACGAGCCCGCAAUCAGAUGUAAAGCAACAGCUGAGGAUCUGGGAGGUCGGCGCUUGCGAUCAUGAGGUAGUGCCCUUUCAGUCUUCCGUACCAUAGUUCAGUAUUUCGUAUACGGUACAGUACUACUGUGCUGCACACACUAAAGUAUACAGGACGGUUAUUGGUU